AUGAAAAAUCACAAGAGUAUUAAGUUUGAGUUUGAGACCUUGGGUGUAGGAGUGUCCGACUUUGACCCUGAAGGGCUGCUGAGGCUCAGGUUGGUGGUGAAGGUAAGGAGCUCAGAUAUUUCUCUACCUUUGGAGCAUCAAGAAACGGGGGGUUCUCCAUCAAAGCAGCAAAUGAGACCUGUUAUUUCUGUGACUUCGGCUUUGAAAGAAGUGGGCCUGGAUGGAAAUUUAACUGAAACCCAAGAAACUUCAGAAGAAAUGCAAAAGAGCAGCAAUGCUGUUUCAAGCAAGCGAGAAAUACUGCAUAGGCUAACUGAGAAUCUUAAAACUCAGGAAGAUGAAAAGGAGAAUCACCAUCACUCAGAUUCUUGUGAGGUCGCUGGUCACAAGGAUGCCAAGGAGUAUGAGAAAGAAAAUGCCAUUUCCUCUGAUCGCAAGAAGUGGGAGGUCGGAGGUCAGCUUGUGAUUCCUCUGGAUGAAGUGACACUGGAUACAUCCUUCUCUCCCUCUGAAAAGAUUUUUCCUGAAGGCGAAAACUACAAGCCCUUAAUUGUUGGAGAAGAGAAACCAGAAUGUACUUCAAAAGAAAUAAAUCCAUCAGGUACUGUUGAUUCUGUUGAAACAGAAAGCCCAAAGUUUAGUGAGGUGCCUCCACCAACGUCAGAAGGAAAUGUGGAAGAACCUGAUGAUUUGGAGACAGAAGUUCUCCAAGAGCCAAGUAGCACAGACACAGAUGGGAGUUUGCCACGUGCUGUUAAUGAUGUGUGGAUUAGUGAGGAAGAAGAAGCUAAGGAAACUGAGUUGGAAGAUAAGGUUGCUGAGCAGCAGAGUGAGGUUUGUGAAGGCAGCAUUCCAGGGAAUGUGGAGCAGUCUCGUGAGGAUCAUAUAGAGCCUGCAGUAAAUGAUUCUCAGCAGUCUAGAUGUGACGUAGAGAAGUCAGUACCGCCAGAACCAUUCUUCCAGAAAGUGGCUCAGUCUGAGCACUUGAGCCUAGUUCAGUCAGAACCAGUUUCACUCCUAUCUCGCUCUGAUUCACCACCAAAAACUAAAACCAAGAACUCCUUACUGAUUGGGCUUUCAACUGGUCUAUUUGAUGCAAACAACCCAAAGAUGCUGAGGACGUGCUCACUCCCAGAUCUUUCCAAGCUGUUCAGAACCCUGAUGGACGUUCCCACUGUAGGAGAUGUUCAUCAGAACAAUCUGGAGAUAGAGGAGCUUGAAGAUGAGCACAGUAAAGAUUCCGAAGACACUGUGUUUGCAGAAACUGACACAGAUUUACAAGAGCUUCAGGCCUCAAUGGAGCAGCUGCUCAGGGAGCAGCCCGGUGAUGAGUACAGCGAGGAGGACGAGUCGGCCUUAAAGAGCAGCAGCAGCGAAGUGGAGCCAACAGCAAGAGGGACAGACGCCGCCGACGAGGACGACAACACCAGCAGCGACAGUGCCCUGAAUGAGGAGUGGCACUCAGAUAACAGUGACGGUGAGACUGCUAGUGAAUGUGAAUAUGACAGCGUCUUCAACCACUUAGAGGAGCUAAGACUUCACCUGGCAGAAAUGGGCUUUGAGAAGUUAUUUGAGGUGUAUGAGAAAGUAAAGGCUAUUCAUGAGGAUGAAGAUGAAAAUAUUGAAAUUUGUUCAACAAUAGUUGAGACUGUUUUGGGCAAUGAGCAUCAGCAUCUCUACGCCAAGAUUCUGCAUUUAGUCAUGGCAGAUGGAGCCUAUCAUGAAGCAUUUCCGCGUUUGCUGAUCGUGGAGAGCAUUACAGACAUUGUCAGCAGCAAGGGCGUGGCAGACAGUGGGGUCCACAGGGUGUAA